GAGAACAGAAUUUCCUACAAAAUUCAAUAACAGAAAGCUUGGGGCCUGAAAUCCCUUGCUAGAUCUCCUCCCCGUCUUCCUUCUCCUCCUUCUAUCUUUUUUGCCAAUUCAAACAAUGCCUCAUAAUCAACCCAGGAAUAACCCCAGUCCAAUUCCAGAGGUGACGUGGGACUCUGGGCUGAAGGAAAUGAAUGAAACCUGGAAAGGAGUGGUUGCCUGCCUUGGGGUAGUGGUCUUCCUUCUGAUGACCAUUGGGAUCAUUUAUUGGCAAGUAGUAGAUCAGCCAAACAAGAACUGGAUCCUGAGAGGUAGUACCAGUGGUCUGAUCUGGGAACGAAAAGAUCACAAUCUCAUCCUUCAGACUCUGAGAGAAGAGAGAACCUUGCUGAAGAUUCACACAGGAAGCUUCCCAGAUGUGGAGGUACCUUUCAUGAAGAACAUAUGUUGGCAAAAUCGGACUGAAUUCUGUUACACCUGGGAAGCUAUAGUGGACCUGAAGAUCUUCCUGGACUCCAAUCUUUCAUCCAACAGCGAGUGUUACAGCAUCAGCUGGAAUCCCCUUCACUGCCAGGUGAAAUUAAAGGAUUGUUUUUCGAUGGUAAAUGUUUCCUGGUAUGGAGGAGCAAGUGUCAGUAGUCAGCACUGGCCUCUGAACAGUGUGAACAUCAAGUCCCAACCAUUCACUAUCAGUAACCUUAGUAAAACCCCAGAUGCCUAUGGCUCCGUCUUAGAAAGAUAUUUUUUGGGAUCCACUGGGGUGACCAUGAUGAUAGCUUCAGAUACACCAAUUUCUCUCUCAGUGGAGAGGAACAAACAUUUUUGCCUUGAAAAUACCGCUGGCACCGACAUGGCUUCCCUGCAGUACACAGUGUGCAUAAGUCAAAAUAUCACAUCUGCUCAUCAGGAACUGGGAAGCCAACUUCUGAAACAACAACAGCGAAGGUUGCCAGAUACUGAUAUACUUAGGCUGCCAGUCUGGAGGUAUUAUGGUGUGGCUGAUUCUGUUGCUAAAAUGGAGCAAGGAUUGAGGUCUUUCUACAAUAAGCUCCAAAGGCAUAAUCUAGGGGAGGGGUUAAUUGCUCUCAGUGAAGAGUCUACAGCGCUACUUCGAAAUAUGGAUCGCAUCUAUUUACCCAUGCUAAGAAAAAAAAGGCUGCAUGCACUGAGGCUUACCAUGAACUACUUUCGUAUAAAACCUCUAAAACUUUCCAUCACUCUCUCCCCUUAUACAAGCAUCAACUCACCACUUUUCCAGAGGUCCCUGCAAGAAGGGAAAGAAGAAUUUUGGCUGAGCCGCCAUUCUGAAUCUAGCGACUACUCGGUGCCACUCCUCACCAAAUGGAAAGGGCAGUUUUCAGCCUGUCUGAAUAUAACCAGUCAGACUGCAGUGCUCUGGUACUUGAGCCAGGUGAAUCUCCUGAAGCAACAACUGGGAGCAAAGUAUGUGGUUUUCGAAGGUGGUGAAGGCAACAUGUUUAUGGAACAAGCCAUCCCACCUCCUGUGGAUCUCAGAGGGGAUAAAUACAUCCAAAUUUUUGCCUUGAUGGCAGCAAUGCUGGGAAAUUCAUCAAUAAUUACUGGUGGUACAAGAUCCAGCCACCUGCCACUCUUUCUCCAAAUGAAUCCACGCCAAUCCGACUGGAGCUACACUGGUUUGAAAGGGAUUAUUCCAUCUGUGCUUCAUUACAGUCUUCUUGGUUAUAAUUUUUUCAUUCCAGAUGCAAUAGGUGGAACACUUUCAGGUGAAUUUCUAACCAAUGAAGAGCUGUAUAUUAGAUGGCUCCAAAUUGUCACCUUCCUUCCAGUCAUGUCUUUCAGGACACCACCGUGGGUCUGCUGUGAUGACUGGGUGUUGAACCUCACUAGGCACUAUAUUCAGAGACACCAGCAUUUUGUUGUGCCACUCAUUGAGAAAUACAGCCAGGAGUGGGUCUCUAGAGGGGAUCCAAUUUUUCGACCCACCUGGUGGCUCAGCCCCACAGAGCCAGCUGCCUUUACCAUUGAUGAUCAGUUUCUCAUAGGAGAGGAGGUUCUUGUUGCUCCAGUAACAGAACAAGGGCAAUUCCAGAGGGAUAUCUACUUACCUAGAGAAGGUCAGAAAUGGAUGGAUACCAAUACUGCCCGGGUGUUUGAUGGAGGAACCUUCCUCAGGAAUUAUUCAGUCCCUCUUGUGGAUGUGCCUGUUUUCAUUAAGUUUUCCUAGACUCCAGAAUUUCCCAGACUUCAGGACAUUUAUCCAUACUGCAGAGAAGGACUGCUGACAGGACCUCUGUGACUAACUAGAAGUUCUUUUUUUUUUUUUUUGCACAAAGAGCUUUCAGCCAGAGAUGCAAUUUUCCAAAAAUGAUAUAUUCUUCUCCAGUUGGCUGACAAACUUAGGUACUAAAUACAUCACUGCAAGGACCUACUGUGGGAAAUGUUCUCAUUUUGUCCUCAGCAUUGUCAGCCCUUCAAGGGAGAUCAGAGUAAGAAACCAAAGCCAUGUAGGUCAAUACUACUUUUAUUGUAAAGCUAUAGUAGCAGAAUCUUGCAAGUCUGAAUGUACUUCCCCCCUGCCUCCAUCUUCAUGUGAAAUGAAGCUGGUCUGAGCUGCCUCCAUCUUCAUGUGAAAUGGGCUGGUCUGAGACGUUUCCUCGUGUUGCAUUCUUGCCCUGGACUCAGGCCCCUUUUAUCUGACCUUUGUCUUGGUAGAAGCAUUUCCUUCUUUCCUUCAAGGCCAUUCCCUCUGCUCUCUACAGCACUGACAUUCUAUUUGCCUCCGUGACUAAUUCAAAGCCAUCUGGGCCAACAUACUUUACAAGUCAGUUCCUACCUAUAAGUCUGCUAAUGCUAUACUGCCCUCACACCAACCCCCACCCCCCAGGUUCUGCAGCCAGCCUUAUUCCCCAAUCCUGUGGCAACAUAUCCGGUUGCAAAGAUCCUGAAUAAUACUGUUUUUAUAAUUAAUUUUUUUGUCAACAGAAGUCUAUAGGAUUGUUCUGUUCUGGGAGUUCAAUAGUUAGGUGAAAAUUGCUUUGUUCUGUUUUUUUUAGAAAAGCCAACUAGAUUGGAUGAGGGUGUCAGAGAGAGUUUUUUCUUUCUUUCAUUAUAUGAAUAUUUUGUCAAUAUCUUUUCAGACAUAUUUUUAAUGUAAGUAGUUGCUUUUUGUCUUUGUAUUUAAAUGUAGAGUCCUUAUUUUUAGAUCGCUUUAUUUUAUUACUGAAGUUUAUAGUAUGCACCACAUAAAUCUGCUUGACAUGGAAUGUAAUCUAUACAUUUAAAAAAAUAAAUCAAUA